UAUUUUACAAACGUAAUAUUCAAGUGUUGUUUCAGGUGUUAAUUUUCAACGCGACUUAACGAUUUUCUCGGUCGUGUUUAAACGUAUUUAUGUACCUUUAAUCGUAAAUGACGAACGCGAUAUAUACACUGUAUAAUCAUAGUUUAAACAUAUGGGCCGUGUGAAACAAAAAAGCUAAACUAUGACCGUGGCUGUAUGUGAAUUGAACAACAGUGAGUGACUGACUAGCUGUGCGCGUUUCUAAUAUCUAAUCCUCCUCUAAGUAAAUUAGUAUUAUUUUAUAACUAAUCUAAAAUGAAGAGCAUUGCGCAUGGUUUUCGGUAUCACCAGCUGAAAGACGACAGUCUGUGGGAUGUGGAAGAUGAUGCUGAUUUUGAAAACACAACGCAAAUGGUGCGGGUCCCUCGGAUACCAGAUGCUAAUAACUGUACACCGAGCACGUCUAAAAUCAAAAUUAUUAUUGAAGGGAUGAGCUGUCAGAGUUGUGUUAGAAAUAUUGAAGGAACUAUUGGUGCCCGAAAUGACGUUGUAAAUAUUAGAGUAGUCCUAGAAGAGAAGGCCGGUUAUAUUGAAUACAAAAAUCUUAAAACUUCGGCACAAGAAUUAGCAGACGCAAUUGAAGAUAUGGGCUUUGGCGCAUCUCUACCUUUACUAACAAACGAUACUGCAAGUGAUGAUGUUUUAAAACCUGCAAUAAGUACGUGCAGUAUACACAUUGACGGGAUGACUUGUGGGUCUUGCGUUAAAAGUAUAACAAGUGUAAUCUCAGAAAAGGUAGGAGUGAAAGAAAUCGAUGUCAGCCUAGACGCGAAAGAGGCAAAAGUAUCCUUCAGCAGUGGUGAUAUAACUGCUGAUCAAAUAGCAACUUAUAUUGAAGAGAUGGGGUUUGAUGCAUUCGUUAAGGAAGUUAAUGGACGGUUGAAGAAACCUCAUGCGGACACUGGAACUAAUAAUAACUUGAAAAACGGAGAUGUAAUUGUGCAAUUGAACGGCGGAGGUGACAUUGUAAUUGACGCUGUACACUUAUCCAAAUGUUUUUUGCACAUCAAGGGAAUGACGUGCGCGUCUUGUGUUGCUGCUAUUGAAAAACAUUGUAAAAAAUUAUAUGGGGUAGACAGUAUCUUAGUCGCCCUAUUAGCUGCAAAAGCUGAGGUCAAAUAUGAUCCAGAGAAAAUAGCACCAGCUGAUAUUGCUUCCAGUAUCUCGGAUCUUGGCUUUCCAACAUCUUUGAUCAAUGAACCUGGUUCUGGAGAAGGAGAAGUUGAGCUGAAGAUUGCAGGAAUGACCUGUGCCUCAUGUGUGAAUAAAAUAGAGUCUUCUGUAAAGAAGUUACCUGGUGUAAACUCUGCAGCGGUUGCUCUCACAACUCAGCGUGGAAAAUUCAAAUAUGAUCCAGAGCAAACUGGUGUUAGAGACAUUGUCGAAAGUAUCAACAAAUUAGGUUUCACUGCUAGUUUAUUUAGCAAUAAAGAUAAAGAAAAUAGAGGCUAUCUGGACCACAAGGAAGAGAUUCAGAAAUGGCGUGUUGCAUUUUUGAUAUCUCUGAUAUUUGGUGUGCCAUGCAUGAUAGCAAUGACGUACUUCAUGUUAGUUAUGUCUUUAGGUGAGAAAACUCACCACGAUAUGUGUUGCAUAAUACCUGGUCUUUCAUGGGAAAAUCUGAUUCUAUUUGUCUUCUCAACUCCCGUCCAGUUUUUUGGUGGCUGGCAUUUCUACGUCCAAGCCUAUAGGGCGCUCAGACAUGGCUCCACUAACAUGGAUGUUCUCAUCUCAAUGACCACAACCAUAUCGUAUGUUUACUCAGUUGCCGUUCUAACUGCGGCGAUAGCAAUGCAGCAGCAAACUAGUCCGCAAACUUUCUUUGACACCCCGCCAAUGUUGUUAGUGUUCAUUAGUUUAGGAAGAUGGUUGGAGCAUGUUGCUAAGGGAAAGACGUCUGAAGCCCUGUCCAAGUUAUUAUCUUUGAAAGCAACAGAAGCAACCCUCGUCACAUUAGGAACCAAUAAUGAAAUACUUUCAGAGCGUUUGAUAAGCAUUGAUUUAGUGCAACGUGGGGAUACACUAAAGGUAGUUCAAGGUGCCAAAGUCCCAGUUGACGGUAAAGUCAUCUCAGGUCAUUCGACAUGCGAUGAAAGUUUAAUAACUGGUGAAAGCAUGCCAGUGCCAAAAAAGACUGGAUCUUCUGUUAUUGGAGGGUCAAUCAAUCAAAAUGGGCCACUAAUAAUUACGGCCACUCACACUGGAGAGCAUACGACUUUAGCACAGAUUGUCCGUUUGGUUGAAGAAGCCCAAACAAGCAAGGCACCUAUCCAACAAUUAGCUGAUAAAAUAGCCGGAUAUUUUGUACCUUUCGUUAUUGCUGUCUCAACAAUAACUUUGAUUGCUUGGACGGUUGUUGGCUACGUUGACAGAAGCAAAUUGCCAAUACCUGAUGAUGACUACAUAAAGAAAAAUGGCGGGAACAGAGAGGAACUAAUUUUCCAGUACGCAUUUCGGUGCGCCUUAUCAGUGCUUGCCAUUGCGUGCCCUUGUGCAUUGGGACUGGCCACCCCAACUGCCGUAAUGGUUGGCACUGGAGUUGGAGCAUUGAAUGGUAUUUUGAUCAAAGGAGCAGAGCCACUUGAAAAUGCACACAAAGUUAAGUGCAUUGUAUUUGAUAAGACCGGAACUGUCACACACGGUGUACCUGUCGUAACUAGAAUUGGCCUGUUUGUUGAUGACAAAGUUUGCUCCAUCGCGAAACUCCUCUCUUUAGUUGGAACUGCGGAAGUCAACAGUGAACAUCCAAUUGCGUCAGCUAUUGAAAGGUACGUGAAACAGACAAUUGGAACGGAAGUGAAUGGGCAAUGUUCAAAUUUUCAAGCAGUCCCUGGAUGUGGUCUGAAGUGUAAAGUGUCUCAUCUUUCUGUCAUGAUGUCACACGCCGUAAAAUCAGAGAAGGUUGUUAAUUAUACAAACCAAGCCAGAAACGCAACUACUGGGACAUUUAAUCUGAACGGUGUACCUGUGGAUAUUGUGCUAUCAGCUGGAUCCGUUCAGGAGAGACAGAACUUGGAUUUACAAUUAUUAUUGAGUCCAGAUACUCACGGAGAUCAAACUGAUUCUAACGAUGUGUAUGAAGUUGUGAUAGGAAAUAGAGAAUGGAUGAAAAGGAAUGUAAUUAAUGUACCAACAGAUGUUGACUUGAGAAUGUCCGACGAAGAAGACUUAGGUCAUACUGCUGUUUUAGCAGCUAUAAAUGGAACCUUAGUUUCUAUGAUCAGCGUGGCUGAUACUGUGAAGUCAGAAGCACAUUUAACAGUCUAUACCCUAAAAAAAAUGGGUCUCGAAGUCAUUCUGUUGACUGGUGAUAACAGAAAAACUGCCGCAUCUAUCGCUAGGCAGGUCGGUAUCAGUAGAGUUUUUGCAGAAGUAUUACCGUCACACAAAGUGGCAAAAAUUCAACGAUUGCAAGAACAAGGGCUGAGAGUAGCAAUGGUUGGGGAUGGUGUAAACGAUAGUCCAGCUCUCGCUCAAUCAGAUGUUGGUAUUGCGAUCGCAUCUGGAACUGAUGUUGCCGUAGAGGCAGCUGAUGUUGUGUUGAUGAGAAAUGAUUUACUCGACGUUAUUGCUUGCCUGGAUCUCUCACGAAAAACAGUUCGCAGAAUACGAUUAAACUUUUUGUUUGCUAGUAUAUAUAAUUUGUUGGGCAUUCCAAUUGCGGCUGGAAUGUUCAGUCCUCUAGGAUUUACUCUCCAACCUUGGAUGGCUUCAGCAGCUAUGGCUCUCAGUUCGGUAUCCGUUGUUGGAAGCUCACUUAUGCUAAAAUUAUAUCGUAAGCCAACGAGAACAGAAUUGGAAACGCCGGAAUACAUUUCGGCAAUGCAAGCUUACUUUGCUGCAAGAAGUAUGGACCUGGACACAAUAUCUAUACAUCGUGGUGGAGAUGACGAAACAAUACCCGCAUUACUGAGAUCAUCUUCCACGUUAUCAAGGUUGUUUGGAAGAACAAAAAAUGCAGAAGGUAGACUUCUCGGGGAUGACAACGAAGAUGCUGAUCUCGCCAUAAGUUUUACUGGGAGUAAGAAAGAUAGAAAAAAUGCUACAGAAAUGACUCCAUUAUAAACGAGGUAAAUGUUGUUGCUGUAAAGCUCGUGCUAACGUGACCAUAAUUUUAUUCAAUAUUUAUUCUCAAGUUGAACAGAUAUACAAUUUUUCAUGCAAGAAAUAACAUUUACAACUUUUUAUAGCCUUAUAUCAAUGAUCUGAUCGUCAGCUGAUAAAAGCAGAAGCUAUAUGUGAUCAUGGUAUGUCUAGUUAUUACUACCAUUCGGACUCAUUCUAAGUAAUGU